CCACACCCACACAACCCUCCCGCAAGAGCAGGACCCACCCUGUCCCCUCCCCCCCACCGAACCCUCCUCCUCCUCCUCCAGCGCCUGCCUGCAGCCCCAGCCCUGCCCGGCUCCCACUUGGAUGCAUUGAUUGCUAGAGGGAGAGGUAGCGGAGGGGAGGGCAGCAGAGAGGGGGGGGGACACACACGCAUUUGGUUGCCCAGAUUUUUUUUUUCCCCCCCUGGGGCGGGGUGAUUUUUCCCCCCCUUUCCCUCGGAGUGUGUGAGAAGGGGGGAGGCGCCCGCCGAGAGGGGUUUUCGCGUGUGUGUGGCCAUCAUGGGAUGUACCCUGAGCGCGGAGGAGCGAGCCGCCUUGGAGAGGAGCAAAGCGAUCGAGAAAAACCUCAAGGAGGAUGGGAUCACCGCCGCCAAAGACGUGAAAUUGCUCCUGCUAGGGGCUGGAGAAUCUGGGAAAAGCACCAUUGUGAAGCAGAUGAAGAUCAUUCAUGAAGAUGGUUUCUCCGGAGAAGACGUGAAGCAGUACAAGCCUGUGGUCUAUAGCAACACUAUUCAGUCACUGGCAGCUAUCGUCCGUGCCAUGGAUACCUUGGGCAUUGAAUACGGUGAUAAGGAGCGAAGGGCUGAUGCUAAGAUGGUCUGUGAUGUAGUAAGUCGAAUGGAGGACACAGAGCCCUUCUCCCCAGAGCUGCUGUCAGCUAUGAUGAGACUCUGGGCAGAUUCUGGAAUCCAGGAGUGCUUCAACCGGUCCCGGGAAUAUCAACUUAAUGACUCUGCCCAAUACUACCUAGACAGCUUAGAUCGAAUCGGAGCUCCAGACUACCAGCCAACAGAGCAGGAUAUACUUCGAACCAGGGUCAAAACAACCGGCAUUGUAGAAACCCAUUUCACAUUCAAAAACCUCCACUUCAGGCUGUUCGAUGUGGGAGGUCAGAGGUCAGAACGUAAGAAAUGGAUCCAUUGCUUUGAGGACGUCACAGCGAUCAUUUUUUGUGUCGCGCUGAGUGGUUACGAUCAGGUGCUCCAUGAAGACGAAACCACGAACCGCAUGCAUGAAUCAUUGAAGCUGUUUGACAGCAUCUGUAACAACAAAUGGUUCACAGACACCUCCAUCAUCCUCUUUCUAAACAAGAAGGACAUAUUUGAGGAGAAAAUUAAGAAAUCUCCAUUGACUAUCUGCUUUCCAGAGUACACAGGCUCUAACUCUUUCACUGAGGCCGUGUCCUACAUCCAGUCUCAGUACGAGAGCAAGAACAAGUCCCCCAACAAAGAGAUCUACACGCACAUCACCUGCGCCACUGACACCAACAACAUCCAGUUUGUCUUCGAUGCUGUUACGGAUGUCAUCAUUGCCAACAACCUGCGUGGAUGCGGACUCUACUAAACCCCGCUCGCUGCUCUCCCCACGCUCUCCAGGAAACGCUCUCCCAUUCAGGUUGAAGGGUUGCUCCCUUUUUUUUUUUUUUCCCUCCAGAAGAUGAAGUUGAAGAAGAAAUUACAUAAUCCCCCCUCCUGGCUCCCAAGAACCUUUGCAGAAGAUUCUGCUUUCCCCUAGUUGUCUCUCCCCCCACCCCCUUUUUUUUAAUCCCCCCUGUGUCUCUUUCCACCAUUCAGUUUUAGGAUUGGCAGCCCAUGUUCAGGAUACUGUAGUGCAGACUACUAGAGCCACUAAACAUGUAUUUCAACUACCAAAAAAGGCUCAUUUUAAAAAACAAAAAUCAAUUUUUCAACGCCUUAAAAAUAUUUAGCAUCAAAGUAGCAGUUUCUUCGUAAACUUGAGGGAUAUUUUUAAUUCUCGUUAUUUUUCUUUCAUUCUUUUUGGAAACUCCAGAUGCACAGCAUUGACUUUGGAGGCACAGUCGGGCUCCAGUUUCUAUCCCAAAGUUGGAAAGGUCAGGUUAGGUGGAGUUCUGAAAUUUUGCUGGGGCGGGGAGGGGCAAACAUUUGAACGACUAAAACAGACCGACUGAGGUUUGCUAGUGUCUUUUACUAAGAAAGACACAGUAACAGAAGCUACUAAGCAUUGUGUAAAGGCAUUCGUUACCAAUAACAGUUUUACCUCACGCUUUCAAAAUUAAUGUUGAAUAUAUUUCUCUAGCAUGGUUUCGAUAACCCAUUUGUUACUCUAAGUUCAUCCUUGUUCUCUUUGCUUUACUACAGAGCUACUGUACUGUAAGUGGGCAGUUUCUGGACAUUCAUGGGAACACUCAUGGAAUGAGACAUUAGUGGCAAGAACUGUUCUGCACAAAGUUUUGAGUAGUACAUUUCCUAGUGUAGCUAAAGGAGUACGGAUGUGGAUGGACUCAUUCCUCAGAAGGGAGAGUGAGUGGGCAUGGGUGUCGGACUGGAAGGCAUGAAGGGACACUUUAAAGGUCCCUCAGAGGUGAUCAAGGCACAAGAGACAUUGGGAUCAAUUUCCUCCUGCGUCCGAGCUCUGUUAAAUGCAGGGUUCUCUAAGAGCUAGUUAAGACUGCUGGGUGCAGUGUCAGCCUGGCCCCAACUUAUGUCAUUGGCCUAAGGGCCCUGAGGGGUUUUAGGCAGAAGAUUAGCAUGGAGAAGUUGUGCGCCCCCCCCCCCAUGCCCUCUCCCCUCUCCUAUGCAUGUCCAGGGGAAGGUGACUGGCAAAGGACCCAGCGGUGCCAGGUUUGCAUCAGCAAGAAGUUUCCCUUCUCAAAGGAACAUUUCCAAAUGAAAUCUGUCCACUUUGCCCUAUGUGAGCAGUACAAAGUGGACAGAGCAGACCAGAGACUGUGGCCCACAACCAGAAGUAAGCUUCCCAUCUCAGGCCCCAUAGGGGGAUGCCAUAAUUCAGUCUCUUUUGGGACACCAGGUUUUCUAAGGCUACUCCUGAGUAUGUGGGGGGGGAGAGUGGAAAUCAGCCUGCUUUGUGCGUCGAGUGUGUGUAUGUGUGCACACACAAAUCACACUAGGCCCCUAGCGGCGUCUUUAGGUGCCUAAAUGCCUUUAAAAUUAGGGUUCUAAAUACUUAGCUUCUUCAGCAAUACCAGAAGCAUGCAGUUCACUUGUGCUGUUGCUUACCAGUGGCCCCAUGAAAAGCAAUGCUAGACUUUUGUGGAACAGCUUUCAAUUUUCCUGAACGAUGGGCCUUGAAUUAGAAAAAUAAUUUGCUUGGGGGGUACCUAGCAGUUCCUCACAAAUAGCUCGGUGGUUUGAGCAUUGGCCUGCUAAACCCAGGGUUGUGAGUCCAAUGCUUGAGGGGGCUGUUUAGGGAUCUGGGGCAAAAAUUGGGGCUUGGCUCUGCUUUGAGCAGGGGGUUGGACUAGAGGACCUCCUGAGGUCCCUUCCAACCCUGAGAUUCUAUGAAUAUAAAAGCAUUCUCGAUUGCUUUUCCCAGUUGGCUAGUGGACUCCUCACUCUGAUUGGUUCUUUCCGUUUAAGUGGUGAGGGGUCAAAUAUUCACACCCCGUGGAGUGGGACAGCAAAGACUGAUGUGAUACUAGACUGCUGGUAGCUGUCAGGACUGAAAUUGGCAAUGGGCCAGAGGUGGUAAUUUUGGAUGCGGGGGUGUUCAGAUCCAAGGACUGAGUUUGGUCCAUGGUAGAGAUAAUGGCCAGCCACAAAGCUUGGGUCUGGAUCCCAAACUAUCCCACAGAUUGGUAGUGCUCAGCUCUGGGACUCUGUGUGGGGCUCAUGUCACACACCUCUAUACACUGAUGUGCACAGGUGCAUGCAGCCAUUUUUCAAGAUCCCUUUUCAGUGUAAUGUUUUAACUACGUAGAUGAUGCUAUGGGUUGUUGAUACUCUAAUGUAAUUUUCUUAGGAAAAUUGGGGUAGGGAGCUGAUGCGAUCAUCAUGAUGGAGCAGGAAGGGAACGUGAAAACAGGAGAGGCAGGGGGCAAGGGUGUGGAGAAGAGAGGCUUGCAGAAGUGGAGGGGGAGGGAAGGGCACUGGUGAUGAUCAGGAGAACAAAGACUGGGGCCACUGAGGGGAAAGCAGAUGGGGGUGGUGGUACACCAACAGCUUGUUGGCAUUGCCGGGAUGCUGGAGUGCGGGGGGCUCUGCUGCUGUUGUACGGCUGAUGGCCGUGGCUUGAGGAGGAGUGGGAGUUCAUGCAUGCUCCCACUGCUGGGGUGAGGCCUCUGGGGGAAAAGGUUUCAAGCUCUGCCCCAGAAGGCCUUGUGGAGGCCCUAGUGGUGGCUCUGGGAGGAGGGCACCUGCUAGUGAACAAUGCAGGUGAACCCAGAUUUUAGAAAGGUCUUGGGGGGCCCCCCAAAACCUUGGCUCACAGGAGAGAGCAGGGAGGACCAUGCUGACCCUUAACUCUUUACUAUAUUUUGCAUGUGUACCCAUAGGCCUACCCAUGAUCCUCAUCUAUGUGACCUCUCCCGGGAAGUCUCUGGCCUGGGUUACAGUCUCGCGAGAUUACACUGGUCUUCAUACAAAGAUAGCUGAUGAUUGGCUGAACAGGACACUAUCAAAAUAUUCUUCACGGUUUUUUAAAAUGUAUUUUUUCCUAUCCAUUUAUACUAACUGCAAAGUGCCAGACUAGUUCUUAGAUAGCAAGAACCAGAUCAAACCUGUACCGUUUCACAAGCGCUAAACGCUGGGUUCUCUACUGGACCCAAACAUGCCCGAUCUUCGGAGACAGUCAUAACAGAGUAGGGAUUAUAGCUAUAUGCUACAAUGUUUAGCACUAUGUAAAUGCCACAGCAGGGAGACACAUAUGAAUGCAAAGAGCCUUGGUAGGUCUAGCAUUCUUUCUGUGGGUCCUGGCACGAAUGCUGUACACUUAUCUCGUGUGGGCUGAGAUUUCCCUGGGGCACUCUGGAGUAUCUCAAACCCCAAUAAGAUCUGGAUUUUCAUACAGCUUGUGUCCCCAGGCCCAGAAAAGAUAAUGCCAGACCUGACUGACCUGCACAACAUAGUAAGUAGGGUCCUGUUUGGGUUCAGGAUGUGGGAGUCAGUGAAAGAAACAAGUAUGGCGGGAGGGGAGCAGGGAGCUGGCAUUGGGAACAGAAAUGUAAGGUUGGGAGAAGGGAGACCGCUCUGGUUGAGUUGGCAGGAAGGCAGGGAUGAGGAGAAGAGUGAUAUUGGGAGGGCUGGAGAAGAUUCACAGUCUGGGAAGAUUUAGAUCUUCCAGGUGAACAAAAAAGUGCGCAUAGGAUAUCUGUGACUAAAACUGCACCAAUAGUUUAUCCUGAUAGUGUCCUCCGGCUGCAAGAAAUUACCAGGGCAGCAGUUACCCUAUACAAUUAUAUCAGAGCUUAUGCUAAUAUAUAGCUGUAUAAAUGAUAAUCAAAUAAUGCUACAUUAUUAAAUAAUAUCUAUCAUUUUAUAGUCAUGCAUCACUGCCCGCAGGACAGGUAUCUGCAGUAAUAGCAAGAGUGGUUCCAUUGUACUGUAGUGUUGUCCCUGGCUCAUCACUGCUGAAGAGGAAUAGCCUUCUUUCUCCCCGCACUGUAAUAUCCACGUUCAGCCUGAAACUCAAAAGAGCUCCCCCAGGGACAGCAUUCAUCAAGAGUCAGCCAGCGGGUUUAGUAUUCCUGUGCCAACCUUUGAGCCUCAGUUGGCGGAAUCAUGGAGUAGAUUUUUGUAUAAGUCUUUGCAGGAUCAAGGCCUAAUGUAUCCCUGUGAAAUCAAUGGAACUACUCAGGGCAGUAAACUUAAGCAAGUGGGUGUAGGUUCAGGGCCAUAGUCAGGUAGUGGGCAAUGUGAAAAACAGGUGAACUACAGGGAAGCUUCAUAGAGUUUAAAGCCAGAAGGGACCAAGUUAAAACCACCAAAACAAAUGGGCCAUGCUGGCUUCUUGGUUGCACACCACUGAUUUCAGUGAGAUUGUACAAGGGAAAAUUUAAAGUUGGCAGCAUCUACAGAUAAAAUGAAAGAUAACUAAUGAGCUCAAUUCCUUGCCUUCCUGUUCAAGAUGACAUACAAUAGGAAUCUGGAGGCCACUCUUUCACUGGAAGGCUUUUGGGAGCCAGGAAGCAGGGAUUUUCCUACACCUCCCCCCAAGCUCCUCCAUCCCCUCUCAGGGGUCAACUGGUUACAUACAGUGUUGCCAAUUUAGUCAUUUUCCAACACGCACCCCCACCCCAUAAAUUUGAACACGCCCUCUAAUUUCAAUUUUUGAGGAAAGUACUGCCGGGAAAUAAGCCUACAUGGUCCCAAAAGACCACCUCAGCUCUCUGGUUUUUAGAGGUGAUUUGGCAGAUGAGGAUGGCAGGGAUACCCCUAGUAAAAUGUUGCCCUUGGGCAAAUUAAUUUAUACUGGUUUCUAAAAUCUGGGCCAAAAAUUUCAAUAUGACACAUUCAGUACAUUGCGCUACACACUGGUGCUGAUGACUAAUGUGAAGGAGAUGGAUAUAAUUUAAAGAACAGAGCUAUGAAAUAACAUCCAUUUAUCUAAAAAUGUAUAGAUAGAUACUGGGGCAUACACACACGCCUAUAUAUAAAACUAUUUAGCAUAAAGUGAAAUGCCAAACAUACAUAGCAUAGAACACCAAAGACUUUAUCUCAUUACAGCUGAUAGAAAAAGCUUUGGCCUUUAUUGAAGUUUAACAGAAGCAGCUGCUCAGUAGCACAUAAAAUUUGGGGCCUUUUUUUUUCCCCCCUCCCCAUUGCUGGGGGUAGAGUAUUAUCCUGUUUAGUAAGUACAGUAAUUGAAUCGGUGUUCUUAUUCAAGAUGGCUCUGAGGCAUCGGGCCUGAUUCUCCACUGCCCUGCACCUUGCGUGGGGUGGGUGCCAGUUGUGGCCAAUCUGAUGGAUAGCAUUUUGCACCCACUUUACGCUGCUGUAAAUGACAUUGCGACAUGCAGGGCAAUUGAGUGUCAGGCCAUGGAGUUCUUAUCUGGGAUUAGAUCCAGAUCCAAACCUCUUCAAAGAUUCAGGGGUUUUCAAAUACAGUGUUCUGGGUCAGAAUCAUCUCUCCUGUAGGUUUUUUGCAGGGUGGCAAAUGGGCUGUGUGUUAUGUAAUCAGCAUGGAUUGAUCUCCGGGGGCUGAAUUCUAUGGUCCUGACUCAGAAUUUAUUCAGGCAAAGUUUCCAAUGAACUUCAUGGGAGAUUUUGCUUGAGAAAGCUGUCAACUGCCGGAUUUUGCCCUGGUUAAUACAGGAGUCUGUAAUGAACACUAUAUUCAAAAGGAUUUUAAAAAGAGAUUUAAAACCAGAGCAAAUUGGGGGGGGGGGGGGAGAAUACACCACUCAACAGCCUACCUCAAGAAACAAUUGACCCAAUGUGGUCCCAUUUCAGUCUCUCCCAUAUUUGUCCCUAUGCAUUUCUGCUUUGCGCACACAUGGAUGAAUGCAUACACAAAAUGGAAAUUUGCAUACUUGUAUGUCUGGAAACCUAAUUAGUCAUGUGCAGGUGUAUCAAAUCUCAUUUUGCACUCACCAAUCAGAUCAUUUGUAUCCAAAGGAGGCUUCACCAUUAAGCAUGCACAAAUGCACUGUGAAAAUUAGGCCCACGCUGGGUACUUCCCACAGCUUUGCAUAACAAAGAUGGAUCUGAUGGAGGGAGAACUAUUAUUUUUCCCUGUUCUUUGAGUUUUUGGUCUUGGAAUUUAUCCUUGGCAGUGUUUCAAAAAUAAUAGGGUGAAAUCCUGGCUUCCGUGAAAUCAAUGGCAAACUCCCAUUGACUUGAAUGGGACCAACAUUUAAUUCACAAUGCCUUAAAGCAGUGAUUCUCAAACUUUUGUACUGGUGACCCCUUUCACAUAGGAAGCCUCUUAGUGCAACCCCCCCCUUAUAAAUUAAAAACACAUUUUUAUAUAUUUAACACCAUUAUAAAUGCUGGAGGAAAAGCAGGAUUUGGGGUGGAGGCUUACAGCUUGUGACCUCCCCACCCAUGUAAUAACCUCAUGAACCCCUGGGAGUCCCAACCCCCAGUUUAAGAACCCCUGCCUUAAAGGGAGUCAGUCUCCUUUGGGCAUCUGAUCCCCUUCAGAAGACCAGCCAGGAAGCAUCUUUCAUGGUUUCUAUGUUGACUGGAUAUAGGAUCCUUUUUAGCCAUGCAUGUUUUCUUAGACUUUUCUUCCCUUUUUCUAGAAUUGCUGAUACUAUAUGGGGUUUCCAGAGUAAAAUAGAUCAGGGUGAAGUAAAUAGUUGGAUUUAAAUUAACCUGGACUAAACUAUUAUAAACACAAUAGUUUCCUAAGUGCCAUAAUAAUGCAUUUAAACACAAACAUGGUAGCUGAGGUUGAGCUCAGGAAUGGGAGCUAUGCAUUUGGUUCCCACAGCUUCCUCUGUGUCUCUGGGCUAAUCACUUAACCUGCCUGCCUCUGCCUCUCAAAUUGAAAUUGCCUAUAAUCCUUAUCUGCCUCACAGAAGAGUUGUGAGGAUUCACUAAUAAAUGUUUGCAUAGCACUUGAAGGUGAAAAACUCUGUGCAAGGACUAAAUAUUAUUAUGAUUUCUACUUGAUGAUCUUCUAUAGACUUUGCCUCCAAAAUCCAUCCCAAGGCCUUACUCAUCACUAGACUCGGUCAUUCCUCCCAAUUCUUUUCCGUGGGGGGGGGGGGGUUGCCAUGAGCAGCCAACCUUUUGCCCAAUGCUUAUUCUUUCUUAAGCAACAGUUAUAAGUGCAGGAACUGUGUAUAACUAAAAUAGUGAGAUACAGUCGUCAUCCCCCUGCCCCUUACUAAAGCCCUCGUUGCACAAUAAGACAGUCUCUGCACGAAGGCUGCAUCCUUCUGCCUUCAAAUCCCUUACAGUCCCCAGAGAGAGUUAUUUUUAUUUAUAAACAAAAAACACACGCUCACCGUGUAGCAUGUACUUUGCAUUGGUACUUGAAAUCACAACAAAAUUAUGUUGGGGUGGGGGGGGGGGGGGAAGAGGGAUGGCAUGACGUCUAAUAACUAGUGAAAAUCAGCUAAAUUUAUACCACCCUGCUCUUGGAUGCUAGUAUGGAGAAUGGCCACAGAUGCUUUUUUAUUCUACUAGUGUAUCUUGAAAAGCUCUGUAUGUUUGGAAUGACUCCAGUCCCCAGCACCAUAUCGCUAACCCCUAUGAAGAUGUCACACUGCAGGAGUUGGAAUGGGCUGUCAGCAUCAGCAAAAACUAUCUGAGGCCCUUGACUUGCCAUGCCUUCGGUAACGGGGUUCAAUUCCUCCGCUGGGGUGAGUGAGCCUAGAUCCAUUGAAAUCAAGAGAGCUACGCUGAUUUAUGCCCAGGUUCUGUAUACAGCUGUUGUGCAGUUAAUGGUCAUGAAGCAUGUAGUAAUUACAUAGUCCUGCCUUGAGUUCAGGGGACUGGACUAGAUGACCUAUUGAGGUCCCUUCCAGUCCUACACUUGCAUCAUUCUAUGAUAUGUUUUCUCCAUGAAAAUGCAACCAUCUAUGGACUUGGAUUAAAGCCAUUGUGGUUUCAUUAUAUACAAAAACACUAGGUUAGAGCGAGGAUUUGAAUGUAGGCACAUGAAUACUUACUCAGCGCUUACUUGUGGCAACCUUAUUCACAAUGUGUAGUAACUUAUUACGCAUACAAUCCCAUUGAUUUCAGUGGGACUACUCAUAUAGUAAGGUGCUACUCACCAUGGGUAAAGAUGGCACAGUUGGGACCUCAGAGUAGUAAUAAAACAGUAUUGGAAAUUUAUAUACUGAUUAUUAAUAAACAUUUUGACAGGCAGAAGUCACACCUCCACUUUUACUUACAGCCUGAGGAGCCUAGUCUAGAAAAGUAAAAGAUUUAUUGAGUAAUCUAAUCCUGCCACCGCAGGAUUAUACCCUACAAUUUCUGCUCUAGAGCUUUGUCCAAUCAGCUGGUCAGUCUUCCACAACCUCCCUUGGAGAAACUGGUCUACCAUCAAACUGGUCUCUCUGUUUGAAUAGUGGGCAAACUUCUAAAUCUUCCUUUGCCUCAUUUUAUCCCAUCCCUGUUUGGACCAGCUCAUGCCCAUCACUAUAUUUAGAGCUAGCAGAGAAGGAGAGAGAUGCAGACACAAAAGGAGCGGAUAGAAACACAGCUUUCUGCUGUGCUCACUUUAUUGUUCUUGCAGCAGAAAGAAUCUAACACGAAAGUGAGGCUUUGCACUGGGCAGUGCUCAAACAUUUAAAGAGACAGGACAUCCCAACAGUAGGCUGCCUUCUUUUGCAAUCCCAUUUGUUUGUCUGGGACUCACCUCACAGGCUACCCAGAAUCCCCAACAGCAAUUGCACACACAGACCCAAAUUAAGCCUUAUUGUGCCUCUGACUUCAGUGGAGCUGUGUCCACUUACACAACAGCUGAACUGUGUCCAAGCCAUGUCCCGUAGCUGUUCCAUGACAGUGGAGAGUGGUCAGUAUAGGGAUGGGAUGGAGGGUUCUGCUGUAUUGUCAGUCAUUACAGUUUUGUUUUACAGGACACAGAUACCCAUGUAAUAACUCCAUAAUUAUGUAAUGGCCAUGUGCUGCGUAAUUAUAAGCUAAGUUCUAAAGGGAGUAAUUAUUUGGUAAUGUCUUCAAAAUUACUAUUAUGGGAUUUAACCUGAAAAAUUACAUUCUGUAUUACAAAGCCUAAGUAGAACAACUUCUUGGCUAAUACACACAUUUUACUUCAUUAAACCUGUCAUUACAUAGUAAUUACACUUUCCUGCAAAGUUACAAGGAAGUGACAUGUCAGCCCUCUCUUCCUGUUGCCAUUGGAGUCUGUGGCAAAACUCCUUUUACUUCCUCUAAUUUUGCACUAGUUUAACUAUUGAUGUUUGAAAUCAUUUCAAACAGACAUCACCACCACAUGUUCUCCACAGAGGAUGACUGCACCAGUCAGAGGGACCAUGAAUGAUGGCGUUGCACCAGGCAUUGUGUAGUGAAGUUCCCAGAUCUGGUGCAAUCUUGCGAAUCCAAGAACCUCUGGGGCGGCCCCAUGGGUGGUGCCAGGUAGGGUCAGGGCAUGCACCCCUUUGUGCAUUGAUAGGCAGUUUGAGCGCAUGCUGUGUCAGGUGUUUGUCUAUCCUGACAACAUGGCCAGAGAGCAUGCAAUGCCGCUUUUGAAUAUACUGAGCAAUAGAAGGAAAGCCAGAUCUCUGCAAGAUUAGGGCAUUUAACACAAAGUCACACCACUUUAUGCUCAGGAUUUGGUACUGAUGGUGCAUACGGAAUGCCAUUAGCUGCUUCAAGUCUGCCUAUGAGACUCCUGACAGAGUUAUUGCUGAUUUAGAUCAGUGUAAAUGGGAGGAGAAUCAGUUUGCCCUGACUUCAAUGGGAGCAAGAGCAGGUCUUAGUGAGUACAUGAGAACUACCAAUUAGUCGCAGAGGAUUAAUUUAGCCAUAUAGUUAGUUAUUAAUGAUGGGAGUCUACAUGGUAUUUUCUCUUAAACUAUACAUGGCUUUUUUUUUAAUUUAUAACUAAAUAAUCCACAGCCAAUUCUAAUAGUUGAAUAGUUGCUGUGUAUGAAGGUUGCGCCCUGUGAAAGAAUGUAUUCUUUUAACUGGUUCUCAGUCCGUUGGUACAAUCAUCAGCCAAACUGGAUAUUUUGCUUAGAAUGAGACAUGUAGAGUGUUCAUUUUCAAAAGCACUGUGUGUUGGCCUAUUUCUGUUGGCUAAGUGACACCAUUCUAAGUGACUUCAAUGGGAGCAGAAAGAGUCCAGCACUGAGUGCAUUUGAAAAUCCUACCCAUUCAUCUUCUUUCAUCUUUCAGAUUUGUCCUCCACUCUAUGGCUUGCAAUGACAUGGAAUGAAUCCAGGUUGUCCUUCUGGAGAAGGAUCUGAGAGGGCAGCAGUUCACUAGAUAUUCCAUGGUUUGAAUGUCUUCUCCAUGGAAGCUGCCUUUCCUUUUCCAAUUGUGUAGUAGGUAACUGCAGCAUCUGUAUGAGGUUCUGAUGGGGGGUACGCUAUGAUCCAGGUCUUAUGUGGAGUGGUGAAGGCAGGAAGCUGGUCUGUAGGAUCCGUAAUCAGGUCUUGAUUCUUGACCCCACAGGUUUCCCACUGCUUCUGCCACUUGUCUUUUCAUGACAAAUCCCAUCCACAAUUCUUGUUGAAGUAUAAACUGUCCCGCAUCUCAGCAUCUAGAUGAAUCACAGAACGGAUUCUCUCUCUCACACGUACACACACACACACUCUUACGUCAUAAAGUGACCAUGUCAACCUCCACCUUUAAACAAAGGCUUGCCAACAUUACUGAACCCAGUGAUGUAGUCACUUCAAGUGCAGUGCUCUCACCAGGUCUGCCCCUGGGAAGACUGCAGGAUGCAACCUCAGAAGUCACAAAAUUUGAGUACUUGCCAGAAAUCAUGAGAAUUCCACAGACAGUAACAAUGGGCCUUCGUUGAACAAACCACACAAGCAGCAGUAUCCUGGGAUAUCUGCCCAAGAAACAGAUGUAUACUAAGGGACUGAUCCUGCCCCCAUUGAAGUCAAUGAGAGUUUUGCCAUUGACUUCAAAGGAAGCGGGAUUGGUUAUUAAUGAGGUUGAUUGGAUAAAAAUAGUACAAUACAUGGGACCACAAUUUCGUCUGUGCCAGGCGGGUGAAUCUUUAGGAGGGUGACCAAGAAGUCAAGACAUGUUUGUGGGGGGAAUAAAUAUAACAUGCUUGAUACUGAGAGGUCGAGCUCAUGGAAUAGUGGUUGUUCAGCACCUCUCAGGAUCAAGCCCUUAGACUAGUUCCUCCCAGUUUGGUCACACACUCAAGCCCAUAUUACUUGUGCACCAUCUCCACAGCAACCACAUCACACGUAUGUGGCAGAGUUCCUGAGAGGCCCACCAUUGCUGAAGAAGGGAAAUACAAAUAGGUCCAGUUUAAACUAAAGAGCUGGCCAUGUUUAUGCCCCCAUUUCGUUUUCCAUCAGGAACUAUCAGAGGGGAAUACAGUCUUAUUGUAAGUUAUGGUUUCUGAGCUGCUGCCAUUAUAGGGUAUCGUGGAUGUUGGCAGAUGCAGGCCCGUGACCCGCAUAGAUAUUACACUGGGAAUGUGAUUCUGAAAACAGACAGACAAUUCUGUGUUCAAGCCAGCAACGCAAGAACUCACUAGAGGGACCUUUCACUUGCACUGAAAAGUAUGGUGAACUUGUGCAAACUGCAGCAAAUUCAGGCAAAGCUAUUCAUUGCCGCUUCCUGGACAGUGAUUUUUUUUGUCACAACCCAAACAGGUUCUUCACAAACAUAGCCAGCUCCACAUUACUGAUCUAGAAUCAAAACUGAGGUCUUUUCACUAGGACCAGUUCUAGAUUAAAGGAGCUGUCUGGUGCCCAAUGCUAGAGCUACUAUAACUUGGAUUUCAAAUUACUAGUGGCAUUGUGAAAAUCUCAAAUGCAGUGGAUGACAUGGCAAGGGAUCUAUCCCAGAUGAGCAAGUAGCAUGUGAUUCAUAACAGUGAAAUGUGACACAGCUCUAGACUGGAUCUGUCGCAGCAGAAGUUAAAUGUGUUUAUCUCUACUCUUAUCUCUACUCUGUUUCUAUCUCCCUGCAGCAGUACCUCCGGACAGGGACACAGUGAAGGACUGUUAAUACAUUGGAUGAUAUUUGUUUGCAGCUGCCUUCACAGUGCCCUAGAAUAGCCAGCCAGCUUUUCCCUGGCCUGGUCCAGUCAUUCUGUCCUUGUGGGCAUUCAAGAUCGAUUUCCCCUUUGUACCUUGCUGUAGCUCACGCUUUGCAUGGACACCAGCAGUCGCAGAGACAGCAGCUGUUCAGAUAUACCAGCCACUACAGGGCAGAUCAGCCUGCUCCUUUCUUUGUACUAAGCACUAAUGGAAGUUGCCUCCUUCCACAGCUUAAAUACUGACUGAGAUACACAUUUGGCCUUUGGGUUGUUGGGACAAGCCACAGAAAACAAAACCUCCACACCCUGUUCUGUCAUACAGGAGACCCACAGAGAAAAACAUAUUGACAUGGGAGAACCAGGAGUCUGAAUCUGACCAGAGCCCAGAUAGUCACUGAUAGGAUCCAGUCUGAAAGCAAUAGUCCCUAGAGACCAGUGAACUGCUGGCACUGCCCGUGGUCGAGAGUGUGGUAGAAGUACAUGCUUGCUUAGGAGGGUCUAUGAUCCUCCCCCUUGGUUUGGUUUUAUUUUUACUCAGAGGGGUCCACUGUUCCACUAAAUCAAGAAUACAUAGUUCACAGCGGAAGUCAGUCUUUUUGUUAUGCUCUGCCUUAUAGUGGCCUCAUUACAAUUAGAUCCCUGUUGAUCUAGGAUAUAUGGUAUUUAACUGCUUCUCUGCCAGUGCACUCCUCCAGACCCCAGAGCGUGUUCUGUGGGGGCAUUCUGUUGCACCCACUACGAUCUCACGUCUCUGGUAUGGGAGGUUUAUAUCUGGCUUGUGAGGCUGCAGUGGAGAAUUUAAUGCCUUGUCUUUUCCUGUGGAUCAUUUCUACCUCCCACCAACUACAAUGGAAUGAGGUGUAGCAAUACCUCGAGUACUGUGAAUUCCUCCCCACUGAACUGGCCACCUUGCUGCCUUUGCCAUCAUAGCCUGCUCUUUCUUCUCUAGGGUCUGGAUGCAGUCCCAGAUAUACCCAAUGCGCUGGCCACGCCUCUCAGCAUAAGGUCGCAGACCAAGCCAGUCAGAGGCCCAGGCAAGGAAGCAUUAUGAAAUAUCAGCCUAGCUCCAUCGAAGUGGCUUGUGGAAAAUCGAUCAGAUUUUCCUGACCAAAAUGUUACUUGUAAGUGUGGGCUUACCUAGCACUUGUUUGAUCACAGGUAUCAUAUUAUCCCCAAAACAGAGUGUCUGAGGUACUUCAGAACAACUAGGAACAGGGUUUCAGAAUGGAAUAAAAGGUUUUACAGCCUUAGCUGUGGCAUCCUGACUGGUAGUACCAUAACUGGAAGACAGGUGGUCCGGUGGAUAGGGAGUUGGGAGACAUGGGUUCAAUUCCUGACUCUGGAUGUCAGGUGGCACAACAAGCCAACGGUGUUACUUCCAGUUACAUUAGCAAUGAAGUGAUCCUCUGAACAGAAGGAUCCACAAGAACGGCAUGGCACUGUAGCAUACCUCCAAAAGACAAAUGGCCACUAUUGGACCUGAGUAGGUUAGAGACACAGCUGGGUCACUUCUCCAACUCCAACACUGGGAUGUGGCCUCUAAUAGGGAGACCUCCAUUUUGCAUGCCCAAGACCCGCCUUUGCACAUGUCCAGCAGACACGCUAGGGGUGCAGAUUUGGAGGCUGAAUGGCACGCCUUGUCAAAAGGUGGCCUUGUGUGUCUCUCUCCGAUUUCCCCCAGUAGGUUUCCUUCAGAGCCCUCAGUCAUGCUGAGAUAAAUAGCUGAAGGCAGGUCAGAGAGCUGCUGACACAUUCCAGCAGCAACAGAAGGAUAUCACAGUACCUGCCCUGAAGCACUCCUGCCUCUCAGCUGUGACUGCUGCUGUUUUGGUGAUCAAAGUGGGAAAGAAACUUCUCAGCCAGCACCCUGUAUUCUGGGAUGGAAGGGUUUGAGAAGAAUCUGGAGUUUGAGCUGACAGGACAGUUGAUUGUUUCCAUUGAGCUGGCUUCCCCUGCAGUGUGAGCUCUGCAGUAAGAAGGGGUUGGACUUUUACCCUUUGCCUUGCAUGUUAACCCUCCAAAGACAGGAACCUCAAAAACCAUCAGAUAUCCUUGAGACAUUGGAGGAGACAUUCAGAGGGAGGAUGGGCAACUCCAACUUAGGGGAUGAGUCAGAGGGCUGUCGGGGGAGGGCAAGUCACACUCUUCCCUGCCAGGAGAGAUGCCAGAAACAGGCGCGGGAAUAGGCAGCGCAACUCCCUGGCCCUACGGAGAGAGAUAGAGGAACCACUGACUUCCUUGCUUCUUGUGACUAGAGAGGUGGUGUAAGGGAUGGCCUGUCAUGGGGGCUUAGCUCUGUAGGUCCCACAGCCAAACUAGGCAGCAUGAUAUCGUGAGGGGACAUGGCAAUGGGAAAGGGUGAAUGCAUUUCAAAGCCCACUCCACCUCAUGGAAAGGGGAGGAGGGAAUGGUGGUCAGGGAAGGUGAAGGUUUGCUGCCAUAUAUUUUUUCCCCCUUGAAGUGCUUCUAGAAAGUAGGUUUAUGGCCAACACCCAAUUGACAUGUGAUGUUAACAAGUGACACUGUGCCAAUAGCCCCUCCCGCCCCGGGGGGUGACAAUGAAACUUUCACUGCUGCCUCGGUAACCAGACUAAUCAGCAUUUCCAGUGCCACGCUCACUGGCCAGCACUGACUGACUGGACAGCACCCUGGUCUUGCAGUCCAUUUUAUGCUUUAGCUGGGGACAACUGCUGUCCCCCACAGCACACCUAUGGUAAUAACUUAGGGCUGAGAGGACUCCCAACUACCGGAGGCAAGGACAACGGCGAACCUGCAUUUCAUAGGGCAGGCCUGAUUUGUCACAGGUCUCUCCCACAACGGUUGUGCCUGGCACUUAGGGCCACAGGAGAGUCACCCAUUUAUUCCCACAAUGCAGCACUGUCAUGGGCAGAUGAUGCAAAUGGGGCAGACAACUUGGGGUUUGGAGACACCACAAAACAAACCUCGCAAAUGGCCCACACCAAACCCGAAUGUAGAUCUGUUUAAGCCACCCCUUACAUGCUAAUUUGGGAAACAAAUCGGGAUGUUUAAAGACAGGCCCUUUACUACAUUGAAAAAAAAAGUUUGUUCUUUACCGAAUGUAUUCCUCAUUUGUUAACACCUGUGCCUCCCUCUGUAAUCUAGGCCCUUGCUCAUAACGCUCCCCUGACUGAGGUAAAGUCAUAGAAUCUCAGGGUUGGAAGGGACCUCAGGAGGUCACCUAGUCCAACCCCCUGCUCAAAGUAGGGCUGAUCCCCAAUUUUUGCCCCAGAUCCCUAAAUGGCCCCCUCAAGGAUUGAACUCACAACCCUGGGUUUAGCAGGCCAAUGCUCAAACCACUGAGCUAUCCCUCUUCCCCUCAUCCGUUUUCCUUCUCCUUUCUCUCCCCCACCCCAUCCAUUUUCCCCUCCAACUAAAUAGAGAAAUAGCAGCUUUUAGAAUCAUACACAUCACCACCGUUUGUUUCUAUUCACCGACAACUGUGGCCCAUAACUGUCCUCCAACUUCCCCACCACCUCCCCUCCCCACAGCAGCACCCGGGGCCUUUUUGUUUUUUAAGGAAUGCUGACGUCUGCUAAGAUUUUUCUUUUUGUCAAUUCCUUGCUGAACCUUUUCUCGUGCAUGUUCAAUGGCCCAACUUGUAUUAACUGUAAUUUUGUACGGGGAGUGACUGUCCAUCUGGUUAAUAGAUCGUUAGUGUUUGUAAUAAUUUAUUGGCUGUCAGUAAUGUAUUUAUUAGUUACAAAAUGUUAAUAAAGUACCAGCUCUUUUCUAGUG